AUGUUAGUGUUACUCUUAGCUCUAUUGCUGGGUACAGUGUGCUGUAUUCCUAGAGGUGCUGAUCCUAAGAAAGCUAACCUUUACACAGGAUCUCAGUUCCACUGCGGUGACGGUAGUCAGAGUUUCCCUAUGGAGUAUGUAAAUGAUGACUAUUGUGACUGUAACGACGGAUCUGAUGAGCCCGGGACAGCUGCGUGUAGUAACGGGUCUUUCUACUGUGUCAAUAAACACUUCAAAGGUCAGUUAAUAAGUUCGUCACGUGUUGAUGACGGUAUCUGUGAUUGUUGUGAUGGGUCGGACGAGAUGGGUGGGCAGUGUUCUAAUAACUGUAAAGAGUUGGGGACACACACUGCUGAGGCGGCUAAGAAGAUUAGACGCGAACAAGCCAUCGGAUUCCAGACCAGACUAGCGUACGUUACAGACGGAAAGACUGCUAAGGCACGCCGUGAUCAGGACAUCUCAGUUUUCGCUACAGAAGAAGAAACAUUAAGAGCUGAACUUGAGGAGCGUCAAGCGUACAAAGAGCAAGUAGAAGGCCCUGCCAAGGAAGCAAAGGAGACAGCUAAAGCAGCUUUGGAGAAAGUGGAGGCUGAGAAAAGAGAAGCUGGCAAGGAGAAGAAUAGAGCUGCUGCUGAGUUGGAGUUGGGGAGGAUUGAUAAGGAUAAUAAUGGGGAGAUAUCUGCUGAUGAGUUGUUGGAUUACGGAAAGUCAGAAGAUUCUCUUCUGCCGUACGAGGAAGUAGCUGAAAUGGUGGAGGGAGGAGAAAUAGAAACAGCAACAAUUGUUGACAUGAUACAGACUCAAAUACAGAACAAGAGAGAGGAGCAGGAGCGUUUUGAUGCAGAGGAGAAGAAGAAAGAAGAGAAGAGGGCGAAGAAGCCCAGACUGAGGGAUAUUGUUCCUACUCCCGCUCCUGACGAGAAUUCAGAUGAAGAGCUGUGGGGAGAGGACGGGAAGAUAAUAGAGAAAGCACCUCUGGACGAGUUUGAUGUAGAUUUAGACGAUUUAGGGGAUUCAGAGGACGAUUACGAGGAGAUGGAGGACGAAGAAGAGGACGAAUCACAAGAUCCAGCUCCAAUCCGCAACACUGUAGAAUACGACCCUGAAACUCAGAAACUAAUUGAAGUGUUUAAUGAGGCUGAGUCCCUGUACAACGAGGCAAAGUCACGUCACGACGGUGCCAAGCGGCAACUGGAGGACGUACAGAAACUCAGUAACCUCGACUUUGGUUCUGAUGAGGAGUUCUUUGUUUUGAAAGGACAGUGUUUCGAGCUGCGAGACGAUCAGUACAAGUAUAAGUUGUGUCCGUUUGAUCGCAGUGACCAGGAUGGUACUAAUAUUGGUAAAUGGGACUCCUGGGAGAAGGGGGCUGAUGGGGUGAACAAGUAUAAUGUAAUGAUGUAUACUAAGGGGAAUAGUUGCUGGCAGGGGCCUCAGAGAUCCACUAGAGUUGAUGCAAUGUGCGGACCUGAGAACCAGAUCAUGUCAGCUUCAGAGCCAGCUAAAUGUGAGUAUGCGUAUGUCUUCGCUACACCUGCUGCAUGCACCAAGGUGCAAGACGAAGACGAGAUACAUGACGAACUAUGAGAUGUCUUGAGAAUGAGCAGUGCUAACAAUGUGAGAGCUGUUUCAGUAGGAAUGUUAUUGUGGUUUUGGGUACCUUUUGUGCACAUUGUUAUUUUUUAGUCACUGCAAAUGUCAGUUUGAGUUUGUUUUAUACGGACGACUGAGUUUAUAACUUCGGAAAUAACUAUUGGAUAUUUAUUUGGUUAUUUAUACCCACUUUA